GGAAGCUGUCCCUUACAGUGCUGAGCGAAGGCUCCCAGAUGCUGGGAGAUGACAUUUUUUAACAAGACAAAUAUGUAAAAGAAGCAGAAUACAUAACUUAGGGCUGUAAGGAGUGACUGCAAGUGUUGGAAUCCCGAACUGUGAUGCUGAUACAAGAGCUGAGUCCUGCAACAACUGACCAGGGAGUGACUGUCGCAGACAUGGAUUCUUUAUUUGCAUACGAGAAUCUGGAUGAUGGAGAGUGGGGGCUUCAUAUAAGGAAUUUGGCACCUACCACACUACUACAUGCCAGAGUCAUGCGGAAACGCUUCAUCUUAAUAGGCGUCCUUAGCAUACUAGUGGUGGCACUUGCAUUAUUCUUUGGUCUCUAUUUUGGAUUGAGUUGUGGUACCCCUUCUGAGGAAUAUGUCUAUGCAAGAGCAGCUGUAGCCACUGAUGCUGGAAUAUGUUCAGAGAUUGGAAGGGACAUCCUGAAGGAAUCUGGCUCGGCUGUAGAUGCUGCUAUUGCCUCUCUUAUCUGUGUUGGACUACUAAAUGUUCACAGCAUGGGAAUUGGAGGCGGUGUCAUCUUGACUAUAUAUGAUUCCAAAACUGGAAAAGUUGAGGUUAUAAAUGCUCGGGAAAAGGCUCCACUGGCUGCAACAGAGGAAAUGUUUGGAAACAACAGUCAGUUAUCACAAACUGGUGGCCUGUCAAUAGCAGUGCCUGGGGAGAUACGAGGAUACCAGUUGGCACACAAGCGUCAUGGCAAACUCCCGUGGAAACGGUUAUUUGAGCCAAGCAUUAAAUUGGCACGGGAGGGGUUUCCUGUGGGCUUGGGACUUGAACAAGGGCUGAAUAAAAGCAGGGAGGACAUUGAGCAUAAUCCAUUACUCUGUGAGGUGUUCUGCGGUCCAGAUGGUCAUGUGCUGCAGAUGGGAGAUAUAGUAAAAAUGCCAAAAUUGGCAAACACUCUACAGACCUUGGCAGAUGAAGGUCCUGAUGUUUUCUACACAGGUCCCCUGUCUAAGCAGAUAGUGAGGGACAUCCAGGAUGCAGGAGGUAUUAUCACUGAAGAAGAUCUACAUAAUUAUACUGUGGACUUCCAAGACGAACCACUUCAAUUUUCACUGGGAGACUAUACCCUGGUCAGUCCCACUGCACCCCUAAGUGGGCCUGUCCUUGGCCUUAUCUUGAACAUCUUAAAAGGUUAUAAUUUUUCCAGCCAGAGCGUAGAUACUGUUGAGAAACUUGGGUUGACCUAUCACCGUAUUUUAGAAGCCUUCCGUUUUGCUUAUGCAAAAAGAACAUUAUUAGGAGAUCCCAUGUAUGAGAACAUAACCGAGGUGAUAAAGAACUUGACCUCAGUUUAUUAUGCUGAAGAGCUGAGACAGAAAAUCACAGAUGAUACUACUCACCAGCCUGACUAUUAUGAACCAACUUACUUCAUACAAGAUCCACAUGGCACGGCCCACCUAUCCGUUGUAGCUGAAGAUGGUAGUGCUGUAUCUGCAACAAGUACCAUUAAUCACUACUUUGGUUCUAAGGUUAUUUCCAAUGUGACAGGAAUCAUUUAUAACGAUCAAAUGGAUGACUUUAGCUCCCCUCUGAUAAAAAGCUUCUUUGACAUCCCCCCUUCACCUGCAAAUUUCAUAAAACCAGGGAAGCGACCUCUUUCUUCCAUGUGCCCCUCAAUCAUACUGGACAAAAACAAAAUGGUACACCUAGUGGUUGGAGCUUCUGGAGGCCCAAAAAUAACAACAUCAACAGCAUUGGCCAUUAUGAACACAAUCUGGUUCGGUUAUGAUGUUAAGAAGGCAGUGGAGGCACCUCGAUUGCACAACCAACUUUUCCCUGGUAACUCAACACUGGAGAAAACAAUUAAUCAGGCCACAGUAGAGGAACUUGUGAAGCGGAACCAUAAUGUAAGUUUUGAGAGCUAUUACUUUGGAUCUGUAGUUCAGGCAGUUUUGCACAGUGAUGGCAAAUGGGCUGCAGCCUCAGACUCACGAAAAGGGGGUUACCCAGCUGGCUAUUAAACUGAAACCAUGUUGUGGACUACUGAUUUGAUCUAGCUGUUAUCCAUAACUAUGAUGAACUAUUUCAAGAACGCUUUACUCAGGGACGACAUUCAGUGGAGUACUUAUGGAUCUUGCCAAUCUAAGAUGGAUCUACUUAUGGAUCUUGCUGCUCUCCUCCUGCAUCAGUCAACAUAUUUCUCCAGCUUAGCCAAAAAUAAAUACCUAGGGGGGAAAUUUACUAAAGGGCGAAUUUUCACUGUGGAAGGCUCCGCCACACUUUGCACAACUUCGUCAGAUGUUAUUUCACUUAUUCAUCAAAAAGCGAAGUUGCGUCUCAGCAGACAGGCUGGGCAGAGUGUCGCCAGCGAAAAUUACUUCCUCUAGUGUUAAUUUCUGCCUAGCAAACUAUGUUAACACACUUAUGCUUAGGUCAAUUUGAAUAGGGUGGGUACCUACAGGUCAUUUAUAUGUCUUCUUUAUUAGUGAUGUUGGUACCAAUGCUUGAAGUAAAUAAAGACAAAAGAGAUCCUCUAUUGUCCUAGACAUGAGCCCACCCUAAAACAAAUGUGACAUGCCCCUCAAAUGGUUAAAAAAAAUAAAAAUAUUUAACAGUUACAACUUUUAAACAUAAUCCCACUUUAAAAUAGGAAAAAACGCCAGCGUUUUGUCUUUUUUUUUAAUGAUUUUUCAGCAUACAGGAUAUGAUGUCACUGACAUAAGAUUGAGGAGAAUGUAGCUUCAGCUUAUCAGUUCGCCAGGUAUAACCUGGCGAAGCAGACUCUGGUGAAGGGGGUAACGUAGUGGAAAAUUUGCACUUUAAUGAAUUUGUGAAGUAACAAUCGUAAAGAAAAUUUGCCUGGCGAAAGGGCACAAAACGUCAUUGGCGCCUGUUAGUAAAUUGGCGAUAUACCUGGGAAGUGGGUUUUUUUUGGCGAACUUUCGCUAACAGCCGCUUCACCCUAAAGUGCACAGUGUGGAGACUCCUAUAUGUGAACUGAUCAUUAUAGAGUGCCAUUGCCUUGCGCAGGUCACAUUUUUGGUUGAGGGCACUCCAUCCCUUAUAGGGAGUGGUGGUUUUUAUGUUUUGUCCAUUAAUCAAAGCCAUUUUCCUGCUAUGGUCAGCAUGGAAGAUGCUGCAAUGUCUCUGUCCUAGAAAUUAAUAAAUUACAUCUGGAAUAAAUGUUUCUUUUAUCUUA